AUGGGCUCAGCCCACGCUGGCCAAUCCGGCCCGCUGCGGCUCUCGCCCAGGCUGACGCUGCACAGCCCGCUGGGGCUUGUCAUUCAUCGGGCUGAGCAAGAAUCAUCCUCCCAGCUCUGUCUGCGCCUUUCAGGAAAUGAUGGACGGAGCGACCCUGGAAUCGGGCGGCUUUGUUGUGUCCUUCUGCUUGUAACGGAUGCGGUGGUCAAACAAGGGUUGGGACUUGUUAUACUUUUCACGGAUGAGUUGGGUCAUAUUUCCCACUGGAGAGCCAUCAUGGCAGGAAGUCUGGCUGGCAUGGUUGCAACCAUCGUGACUUACCCCACUGACGUAAUUAAAACACGGCUUAUUGUGCAGAACCGACUGGAGCCAUCUUACAAAGGAAUUCUUCAUGCUUUUUACAAAAUUUACCAUCAAGAAGGACUCCUUGCACUCUACCGUGGCGUUUCACCAGCUAUAUUAGGUGCUGUCCCAUUUUCUGCGGGCUCGUUCUUUGUUUACAUCAAUCUGGACAAAAUCUGGCGAGAACCCAUAGUUCAUUUCACUCCUCUUCAGAACUUCAUAAAUGGCUGUGUCGCAGCUGGUGUGGCACAGACACUUUCUUUCCCCUUUGAGACUGUCAAGAGGAAGAUGCAGGCACAGAGUCCUUGGCUGCCUCACUAUGGAGCAGUUGAUGUCCAUUUUACUGGCAUGGCUGAUUGUUUCCGGCAAACUGUGAAGAACAAAGGUGUGCUCGGACUUUGGAGUGGACUCACACCCAGUCUGCUCAAGAUUGUCCCAUACUUCGGUGUUAUGUUUAGCACCUUUGAAUUCUGCAAGCGGGUCUGUCUGUACCGAAACGGUUAUAUUGAAUCUCCUUUAAAUUACAAGCUAACUCCUGGCGUGGACCAGAGUUUACAGCCACAAGAACUGAGAGAAUUAAAGCUCCUCCGAAGGGAAAACUUUGAGUCAAGGAAAUCAGCUCUUGAAAACUGACAUUAGAGUGCCCAUUGCAGAUAUACACACUACCUUUCUUAAGGAACUUCGCAGGAAAGACAUGCUGAACUACAGGUACCAGCGUCUCAGCGGAUUGCAUGGUUUUAGUACUGAGACACCAGUGCCAGGAAUGAAUAAAUCUUGUAUCUUAUUUGCUGAAUGGAUAUAAA